AUGUUGCCACAAGCCAAUCUAAGGGAUCUGCAUUGGCUCAAGAACCAAAGAAGAGAUAAACUGAGCUUAGCGAUCCUGACCGAACCUACUGUUCAGAUUCAACAUGCUCUCGAUAUAUUCUCCUGGCAACGAAAUUUUGGCCAGAUUUUACUUUCAAAACAGUUUCCACCUGCAAUUGUGGUGAAGUGCAAAAAGAGUGCCCACAGGGGCAGGUGUCUAUAUCAGCUCGAGCAGCCAUUCGAGAAACUGAUCAAGCAGAAUGAAUGGCAACGGUGCAAUAAACGCGGCCGUGUAAUUGAGCUUAACCAGGGCUGUCCUCAUAUCACCAUGAGCAACUUCAACAUGGGCACAGCGAUGUCAAUGGGACUAGAGACAGAAAAUGAUUUGUCCAAGUACGAGAGAAGUAGAUCUUCUUCCAAAUCCCUUCCUAUCGCCAUUCAGAAACUUGGUGACUCACUCGAGAAUGCCAUCAACUUGGACGGCUCUCCCAAAUCCGAGAUUUGGAGUGAGUGUGUAUCCUGCCGGGACGAGCAACCCCAAGACGAUAUGAUCAAAACGAAGUGCUCACACUUCUAUUGCAAGGCUUGCUUAAUCCGCCUGUUCACGGAUUCUUUGCGUGAUGAAUCUUUGUUUCCCCCUCAAUGCUGCCGCAGAUCAAUUGCAGCCUCGGAGGAGAUGAUCGGACCCGCAUUGAUUCAAAAGCACAAGGAGAAGGCAAUCGAGCUUAGCGACCCCGAUAGGACAUAUUGCUGCAAUUCGAAGUGCGCUGAAUAUCUCCCACGAAAGGCGACUCGAGAUGUGGUUUGCAAAUGCACAAGCUGUGGAGUGCGCACAUGCAGGAAGUGUAAGAAGCAUGUCCAUGAGGGAAGGUGUGUAUAUAAGCUUGAUGCGCUUCUGGAGGAAUUGGCGGAGUGCAAGAAAUGGCAACGAUGCUCGAACUGCAGUCGUCUGAUUGAGCUGAGCACAGGCUGUAACCACAUCACAAUGACACAUAUCAUCUCGGAUGAUAGUGAUGAGGGCUUACAUGAAAGCUCGAAUGAUGUCGCCGAAAGCGAAGACGAGGUCCAGACUUUGCAUGAGUGUGUAUCUUGUACGGAAGAGUAUCCGGUGUCGGAUAUGAUUCAAACAGAAUGUGCUCACAGUUAUUGUCGCAAAUGUAUUAUGCACCUUUUUGAAAAUUCGCUUGCGAACAACGCCUUGUUUCCUCCUCGAUGCUGCCGCCUGCCGAUUCGUCCAUCUACCACGGUCGAGGAUAUGAUAGGAAUCGAGAUGACGAAGAGAUACAAGGCACGGAAGACCGAAGUCUACGACUCUCAUAGAACUUAUUGUUCAAACUCAACCUGCGCUCGCUAUAUCCUGCCACAGAACAUCCGUCGUGGGGUGGGCACCUGCGAGUUCUGUACCGUUCGAACUUGCACCGAUUGCAAAAAGGAAGGACAUAGAGGUGAUUGCACCUAUGUGAAUGCCAACAAUUACAGCGUUGCUCAGGAAGCCGAGGAAAUCAAUGACUAUUUGCUGGAAAAGCUGGCAAAGAAGAAGAGGUGGCAACGAUGUUCAAAUUGCUCUAGAAUGAUAGAGCGUAUCUCUGGCUGCCAGCACAUACGCUGUUCAUGUGGAGUGGACAUCUGUUAUAAAUGCGGGAAAAGGGAAAGGAACUGUGGAUGUACUAUUCGCAGUCGAUCAAGACUUCAUCCAAGAGUUGGAUGA